GGGCAACUUCUUUUCUGUUCACUGAGUAUAGAUAUCUCAGUAUCUUCAUGGGAGUUUUCGGAGUGAUUAUCUUCCUCUUCCUUGGCUCGGUUAAGGGUUUCAGUACCAAAAGUGAGCCCUGCACUUACAACAUUGGGAACACUUGUAAACCAGCCUUAGCCAAUGCCAUCUUCACUACCAUUGCCUUCUUGCUUGGUGCUUUAACAUCUGUCCUUUCGGGUUUUCUUGGUAUGAAAAUCGCAACUUAUGCCAAUGCUAGAACGACCCUUGAAGCAAGGAAGAGUGUUGGGAAGGCCUUCGUUACUGCUUUCAGGUCAGGAGCUGUGAUGGGUUUUCUCCUUGCUGCCAAUGGACUUUUAGUACUCUAUGUCUCCAUCAAUUUGUUUAAGUUGUACUAUGGUGAUGACUGGGAAGGACUAUACGAAUCGAUUACCGGGUAUGGACUUGGAGGCUCUUCAAUGGCGCUCUUUGGAAGAGUUGGUGGAGGGAUAUACACAAAAGCAGCUGAUGUUGGUGCUGAUCUUGUUGGCAAAGUUGAAAAAAAUAUCCCCGAAGAUGAUCCACGAAACCCAGCUGUUAUAGCAGACAAUGUGGGGGACAAUGUAGGAGACAUUGCAGGGAUGGGGUCUGACCUGUUCGGAUCCUACGCUGAGGCAUCCUGCGCAGCACUCUUUGUUGCCUCCAUUUCAUCCUUUGGCACACACCAUGACUACACAGCCAUGUCCUACCCUCUGAUCAUAAGCUCAAUGGGGAUUGUGGUUUGCUUGAUAACAACUCUUUUCGCGACCGAUCUCUUCGAAAUCAAGAGCAUAAGCAAGAUUGAAUCGACCUUGAAGCGGCAACUUCUCAUCUCAACAAUAUUGAUGACAGCCGGGAUUGCCAUUGUCACCUACUUUGCUUUGCCAUCAGAAUUCACUCUUUUCGACUUUGGAACUGCCAAAAUUGUCAAGAACUGGCAUCUUUUCUCUUGUGUUGCAAUUGGAUUAUGGGCUGGACUUGCAAUUGGAUACAUAACAGAGUAUUAUACUAGCAAUGCUUACAGUCCAGUGCAAGAUGUGGCAGACUCCUGCAGGACUGGUGCCUCGACAAAUGUCAUCUUCGGCUUGGCCCUCGGAUACAAAUCCGUCAUCAUCCCCAUAUUUGCCAUUGCAGUUGCCAUUUAUGUGAGCUUUAGCUUGGCUGCAAUGUAUGGAAUUGCUGUGGCUGCUUUAGGAAUGCUUAGCACCAUUGCCACCAGUCUUGCAAUCGACGCUUAUGGCCCUAUAGGCGACAAUGCUGGUGGAAUCGCAGAAAUGGCUGGAAUGAGCCGCGAAGUACGCGAGAGAACAGAUGCUUUAGAUGCUGCUGGAAACACCACUGCUGCCAUUGGCAAGGGAUUUGCUAUUGGAUCAGCUGCACUUGUUUCUCUUGCUUUAUUUGGUGCCUAUGUGAGCAGAGCUGGCAUAAAGGCUGUAGAUGUCUUGACCCCUAAAGUCUUCAUUGGUUUGAUUGUUGGGGCCAUGCUUCCCUACUGGUUUUCUGCCAUGACAAUGAAGAGUGUGGGAAGUGCAUCUCUCAAGAUGGUUGAGGAAGUUCGACGGCAAUUCAAUUCCAUUCCAGGGCUAUUAGAAGGUAGAGCCAGACCAGACUAUGCAAGCUGUGUUAAGAUUUCUACUGAUGCCUCACUCAGGGAGAUGAUCCCACCUGGUGCAUUGGUUAUGCUUACGCCUCUCAUUGCCGGAACUUUCUUUGGAGUCGCAACUCUUGCCGGCAUUCUGGCUGGUUCACUAGUUUCUGGCGUCCAGAUUGCUAUCUCAGCUUCAAACACUGGUGGGGCAUGGGAUAAUGCAAAGAAAUACAUAGAGGCAGGAGUUUCUGAGCAUGCAAAAUCACUUGGUCCUAAAGGGUCAGAUGCCCACAAGGCCGCUGUUAUUGGUGACACAAUUGGUGAUCCUCUUAAGGACACUUCUGGUCCUUCACUCAAUAUCCUCAUUAAGCUCAUGGCAGUAGAGUCCUUGGUGUUUGCUCCUUUCUUCGCCACUCACGGAGGUCUAAUCUUCAAACUACUUUGAGUAAAAGUAAAAUAUUUUUAGAGCUUUUCUACGGUCGCUCCGGUAGAUCCUUCUAGUGUAACAUAUAGAUAUGAAAAGUAUAACAUAACAGUCAUUAAAUGUAACGUUAAUAUUAGAGAGGUGUAACAUCAAGAAAUUUAGUUAUCUAAAAAUUAUGUUAUACCUCUCUAAUAUUAAUGGUUCAACGACUGUCAUGUUACGUUUUUUAUAUUUACAUAUUAUGUUGGAGGAACUCUCACCAAAUGGACUGUGAAAAAAACUAAUAUUUUUAUUAGUUUAAUAUGUCUUUCAACUCGGCUAUAUAGUGAUCUCAGAUGGAGCUAUAAUUUUGCUUUGUAGUUUGUACUAUAUUGUUAGUUAUAUCAAGAUGUAAAGAUAAAACCUAAUAAGUAUCUUUCCUACUUUCCACUUUUACAAUGUAAUAAAUAAUGUGCAAUGUAUCUUGUACCGUAUAUGUUUACUUCUACUACACUUCUUUAUGAUGUACAACAUGUGUGUUGAUUGACAUAAUGAGUUUGACACCACUCCUCUGGGUGUUGUCAUUCCUUUUCUUCCCCUAGCAUAUGGCUGGUGCGACAAUCAUGAUGUUGUGGACUUUGAGAACUUUGUCUAUUUCAAUGCAACCAUAGGUCUCAUUAUUCUCAAAAAAGAAAUAAAUACAAAUAAUAGUAUCACCUCAAGUAACAAGCAAGAAAUUUUAGAAGGUCAGCUAGGUGGUAACUCUAUCCUAAUCCACAU